AUGCUUAUUGAUUUUGGGUGGGUUGAUGAUAUACAUAGUUUCAUUGGUCAAGGUGUCGGAGGGGAGGAGCAUAUUCUGGAAUAUUCUGAUGAUGGAGUGGUGCCAUUGGACCGUCCUUAUUUUGAAGUUACGAUGAAGUUGGAAAAUAAGGAAGCGAAAAAGUUCAGAGUAUCCUUCGACCCGGAAUCCGGACUCCCCACUAUCUACACUGAUGAACCAUACGCAAAGACACUAUCGCUAUCAAUCCAUGAAUAUAUUUGUGAUCUACUCCACCAACCAUUCCACAAAGAAGUGAGAAUCGAAUCUGGGCGUUUCUAUAAAUUCCCGACCACCACAAGCGUGAAAAACUUUGUUUUUUACUCCUCUACAGACAUUGAAGCUAGAGAAUUUUCUGAAAUAUUCGAGAAUCUUCAUGUCGAGAGUAGUGUAGCCAUUUCGUGUGGUGUUAACGGAGAUGCUGCAGAGAGUAUUAAGAAAAUCUUGAAGAUUAAGAAUAUAGUCUCACAUGUUUACCGUUUUCUCCGUGGGGAGGAUUUGCUGGAUUUUAAAGGAGAAAACGCGUUUUUUCGUAUGGCAACAUUCAGCGAUAUGGAUCUCAAUCGGUUUUUGAAGAAAUGGUGUAAUGGAGAUGAAAAGAGAACUCAGACGAUGAUAAUAACAUUAUGUCAUAGCCCUUUCGGAGAAAAUGUUGUCGAUGGGAUUGCAACGAAGAAGUGGGAUCCGGAACAGAGAGCGAGGAGAUAUGAUUAUAGUUCACCGUGA